UUGACUGGGCGGGCUUGGACAUUUUCUUCUGUGGAGCAACACGGCAGCCAUUCCCCCAGGGAGCUUCUGUCCCCAGAGACCAGAUUUGCUGCAUUUGGUCUCUCAGCAAAGACUUGGGAGGCCAAUGCCUGGGAGGCUUGGGGAGGAAGGAACCCUCCAAUAUACAGAUAUGGGGCAGGAAAACCCUAAUUCAUAUUCUGGGCUCUCCUUCCCCAGAAAGAAGGGAGGCAGUAGUCAAGAGCACCCUGGACGAUAUGGGUGGUCCCAACUGACCUUUGCUGGGUGCAAAAGAGCCAGGACCAGAGCCUGCAGCUGGGGGAAAGGGCAGGCACCAGCAUCCAGGCCCCACACAUCCCAGGCUGUUCCCUGUCCAGUCAGCUGAUUGGAGAUGGAGCAUCUGAGGGAUGGUCUGCAGGAUCCAAGCUGCCAGACUGCAGUGAAGGUCCAGAGCUGGCACCACAGAACCUGGGCAAGCCCCUCCACCCACACAUGCCCACCCCACAUGAGGCUGAGAAACAGCACACAGGACCAGAGGAGGCGGACAGGCCCCCCUCGAUGUCCAGCCAUGAUGCAGCCCCCUCAGGACCCCCCAGUCGCAACCCCUGCUGCUUGUGCUGGUGCUGCUGCUGCAGCUGCUCCUGGAACCAAGAAAGGCAGCGAGCUUGGCAGGCUUCUCGGGAAAGCAAGCUACAACCCCUACCUAGCUGUGAAGUUUGCACUCCACCAAGUCCUGAGGAAGUACAAAGCUGGGCACAGUCCUUUGACAAGUUGAUGCAUAGCCCCACGGGCCGCAGUGUGUUCCGGGCAUUCCUGCGCACAGAAUACAGUGAAGAGAACAUGCUCUUCUGGCUGGCCUGUGAGGAGUUGAAAGCAGAGGCCAACCAACAUGUGGUGGAUGAGAAGGCGCGACUUAUCUAUGAGGACUACGUGUCCAUCCUGUCCCCCAAGGAGGUGAGCCUGGACUCCCGUGUGAGAGAAGGCAUCAAUAGGAAGAUGCAAGAGCCAUCACCACACACAUUUGAUGAUGCACAGCUGCAGAUCUACACCCUCAUGCACCGGGACUCCUAUCCUCGCUUCCUCACCUCUCCUGCCUAUCGUUCUCUACUACUCCAGGGAGCCCCACAGUCCUCCUCUGAGGCCUAGGCGCUUGCCACACAGAUGUUCUAGUCCUAUGGGCAGACUAGGGGCUAACCUUGCCCCAUUUGGCUGGAAGUAGAUUCAAUCCCAGUGGCAACUGCAAUGUUCUGCUCUGCCCUAGCCGGCUCCAACUGUGGGUUCUCCUAGAUGGUGCCUGUGGCCCCCUGGUCAUGUGCCCAGGAGAUGUUCUCAUAGAGAGCAACCUCUGCCAACAGGUUUGUAGCAGAACUGUUUAUUCCUCAGAACCAGAUGUAGGACCUCAGUCAGGCUCAAAUGAAGAGCGCAUUUAUAUUUUAUAUGUUAAUGAACUUUAAAAUUGGAAAUAUGUCCUUAUUGUACAUUUUAUCAAAAGAAAAAAGGCUUUCACAUUCACCUGUAUUCCCUCACAUGCCAAAAAACAUGAUAUAGUAUUCUUGACCUUUUAAAAUAAGUUUCCGUUUAUCCCACAAUUGGAGUAGAAAAUUGGAGAAGAGGUUCACCUAUCCAGACUCUACCCUGUGCCCUGCCCCACGACAGUGGCCUUAGUAGGUAACUAUUCUGGGCCCUGCCCAAGGUAUGGCUCUAGGAAAUGGGCUCGGCUCUUAAGUGAAUCAGCACCCCACAAAGGCUUGAGAUGCAACUGAAGAUUAUUCCAAACCCUUGUGUACUUGGUGAAAUGUCUUCCUAGAGGCUGGUAGGGACAAAGCUGAUGGAAUGGCCUCCCCAAAGUAGCUGGGCACAAUGUCAUCUUCAUCUUACUGGUCCAAUAAAGCAAAGCACCUACUACUUUGA